GUUACAUAGAUGAAAUGUCAUUGGUAAGUAAUUAGAUGGGAUUUCCAUUACUGGAAUGCAUCUGAAUUACUUAUGACGUAUCAAGUUGCCUUGAUCAAUACCAUUGGUAAGUAAUUAGAUGUUAUUUCUAAUAAAAUUUGAAUUGCUUGUGGUAUGUUAAUCGAGUGAGAUCACACCAUUGGUAAACAAUUAGAUACAUAUAGUGGUUGGCAAGUUCAAUAAGUAAUACCAUGGAAAAUAAAUGGACAGAAUUGUGGGGGAGAAGAGCUAGUCGUUGUUUCGGCUACUAUCUCAAGACCCUACAAUGAGAUGUAAACCUAUCCAUAAGACAAAAGUGGGAAGGUGAAACAAGUCAUACUUCAAAGUAUGAAGGUGUAUAGUGAGAAAGAGCAAGUCUAUAAACCGUGUGGAGUUAACCAAGUUCAAGGGUUAACUUAUGAGUAAACUCAAGCAUAUAUUGACAGUUAUGUUAGAGAGCUAGUUUGAGAAAUCCAAAGAAUAUUUCAUAGAAAUGUUGAUCCACUCUUCCCGAAGGGUAAAUAAUGUCAACCAUAUACAUGCAAGUAUAUGAACAACAUUCCCCUAAUCGGAAACGUUGGUUUCAACAACAAUGGCGAAAUAGUUGAAAUGUGGGGGAUAUAUUGGAAAGAAGUGGUGUGGAAUGUCGCUUUUUUGGUUAUUCCAGUUGAAGUGAUACUUAGGAGUUUUGUGUAAACCCUAAGCUAAGUCGUAAAUGUCACUACAUUUAAAGAGAUACUUGUGCAAUUCAAGUACUCUAAGGUUAAUGAAGUGGAGAGACUUCAACACCAUUGUCAUGUGUUAAGAUUAUUGCAAGGCAAUAAAAUCAAGUCAACCACACGUGAUGUAUAGUGAAUCAAAAGAGACGAGUCUUUGGUGUAUUUUACCCAAAGGAACUCAUCGGGUGAACCAAAAGCCAUAGUCCAUUAAUGGAUAGGCAUUUAUGGUUAAUGGGGAGCAGUAUCUUGUAAAACGUCCAAGUUAAACUCUAAGACUGGUGAAGUUUGAUAGUACGGCCCACAAAGACUGGUGUUAAUAAAAACGCAUUUGUGCACAAAGUUGUUAUUGCAAGGGUUAGAAGUGUUAUGUGAAAAUCUCGUCAUAGCUAAUGAAAACAUAACACUAGUUAUUGGUUAAUUUCUAGCGAAGUUAUCGUAGAUGAUCGUUUUAGAUCAAGUGAUAACAAACGUGGGGGCCACCUAGAAAUUAAUUAAAUCAUCGAAGGGAAUGGACUCGUUGCCUAGGACAAAUCAUCAUGGCGGUAACUCUACCUAAUUAGAAUUGGCAGACCCAACCUCUAGGUUCAAGGAGCACACAAAGUUGUGAAUGAUGGUCCGCAUUUUCAAAUUAUUUAAUGUCCAUUCUCAUGAUGAGACAAUGUCUAACUAUAAGGGUAAACAUAAAAAAUGUGAAAGGUUUUUAAUGGUUUCUAAGUUUGACACGUGGUGUGAUCAAAUAGUGUAUUUUCGGAAUACAUGGUCCAUUAUUUUGAAAAGGUCGCUUAGUGUUAAUCUAGCAUUUUCUAUCUUGCCUUUUUGUUUAUGUUUUGUGUUGUGUUGUGUUUACACACUCUUCGUCUUGAAGGGUGGUUUGUGUUUGUUUGAUUUUGUUUUUGUUUUUGUGUUUUUGUUUAUGUAGGUUGAAUCAUGGAUCCCAAUGGCUUCUACAACAUGUAGGGGGUAUCCACAACCACCCGAAUGGGGGUACCCCAGAGCUUCAUGCAGUAACCAAAAAGAUGGAAGCCAAGGAACCGGGUUCUAUGAUCAACCUCCAUUCUAGGAAGAAUAAGCAUACCAUUGGGGAUUUCAAGAAGCUCCCCCAUAUGAAGAAAACUUCCCUCCUUAAGUCGAGGAGAAAUCCAAGUUGGAGUUGUCAAUGGAAGCUUUCAUGGGAAAAUCAUCACGACCAUGUGCCACUCCACAACCGGAGCCAAAGAGCAAAUUAGAGCUCAUGGUGGAGCAAUUUUCCCGGGGUACCGACGAAGGAUGAUCCAAUUCUGAUCUUCCCCAUCGCCGGCCCUAUCGACUCAACCUUUCUUCAGGAGGCGGAGGAGCUCUGUCGACGCACGAAGAGGCAAGGAGAGCUUGUUGAGCAAGCACAUGUAUGGCUUGCUCACAAUCUCCUCCUACUAUUGGAAGAAAGAGAGGAAGUCGAAGAGGCGAGCCAUGAGAAAUUUGAAAGAACGAGCUCCGACAUGGAUUUCCAACCACUCUCUCCUCUCGGUUUGACACUAGAAGAGAAAGUGGCGCGAGCUUGUGAAAGCUAUCGCCUAUCAUUAUUGGAGGAGAAAGAGGAGGUUGAAAGAGCGAUCAAUGACAACCGUGAGGAGCAAGAAGAACUCACCCCGGAGAGCUCCCAUGGUGAGGAUGAACAAGAAGGUUGCAUUGAUGACUCCCAUCACUUUCCCCUUCUCAAAAGCAACAUUUAAGACCAAGACACGAGUGUGGAGGAGCAAGAGAAUCCCUUCCAUGACCUUGUAUUGCAUUUUGCCCUCAAAUUCGUGCUUUGAGACAUGAAUGGGAUGGAGAAAGAAGAGGUUGAAGAGGAGGAAGAAAGCAUUGAAGAUGGGGAAGAUCUUGAGUGUUCCCAAGGGGAGGAACAAAGUGAAGAAGGAAGGGAGGUUAAAGGGGCAGGUGGAGUCCAAAAUGAGGAUAAGGUCGAGGUGGAUGAAGCAUCCACAAGUUACGAGGGCUAUGAAAGCUUUCCACCCGACCUCGACACGCUUGGGAAGGACCCAUUUGUGGCUCUUUGCCAAGCCAAGGCCAAACCAUCGGCAAUCCCUCUUGGUGGAUGCGAUGGAAGUCAAGCGAGUUUUCACUACAUGGUGUGGGACAAAGAGAAGAAAGAAGAAGGAAAGAAGAAGAGGUCUCGUGGGUGGAGCCUCAAAGCCACUCAAGUUCACGAGCCCUCAAUCAUGGAUUCUUCCAAUGCUCGUGACUUGAGAUUUCACCUCACCGACGAGAACCUCAACUUCAAGGAGGUUCUUUGGUGGACCGAAACUUGAAGAGCAAUCGUCUGAUUCACGACGUUAAAGAAGCGCUUGGUGGGAGGCAACCCAACCAUCAACGGUACACAUGUCUUUUCCAUUCAAUAAGAAGACCAUUGGAGAGAUUUUGGUGGUGUUUUGCCGUCAUCUUGCUCUUUCGGAGCUCACCUGCCCUCCGCUCCCGAGCACAAACAUUCGCAACUUGACUGGUAACAUCGUUCUAUCCCCUUCUUUUCCGCCAUUGAGGCCAAUGUUGAGCUUAAGUGUGUGGGUGUGUGUGUGUGGGGGGGGGGGGUAGUCCAUUAUGCAUGUGUGUGCGAAUGUUUGGUGUGAUUUUGAAUGCUUGGAGCCUAGUUGUAUGCCCGAAUUUUCAAAAUUUGAGGGCUCCAAGCAUAACAACUUCUACAUUUUCAUGAUCGUAGUGGCAUCUUGUGGUGAUGUGUUUUGAAUCUCGUGAUUAUUAGCAUUGUCUAUGGAUGAUUUGCCUGAGAUUAUGUGCAACCUAUGAUGAUGACUUAGACUUGUAUUAGGUUUGUGCAUAGGUUCAUUUCUCAUGUGUUUGUGAACCGAUAGAUGUUUUCAAUCGAUUACUUGCUUUUCACAGUUGCCAAUGCAUCGAGUUUAGGGAAUUAGAACGAAUGAUUGAGCACCUAGGUAGCCACGUGAGACUUAUUCCGUUCAUUUCAUUCUUGUGCGAUAGUUCCCCCUUUACAUGAUGUGUAACAUUCACGUUGUUGCUAGCGAGGAAGAUGGAGGCAUAGGUUUAGUCCACGAACCAAAUAUUGACCGACCCAAUCAUAUCAUCCCUUAGUCAACCCCUUUGAGCCAUGUGUCUAAGGGUCGUUCUCGUGUUAGGUAGCUCCCUCUACUUGAGCUUGAUUGAUUUAGAUAAAACGACCCUACUUUCUUCGUGUCUACACCAUUAUCGAGUCACCCUUGUGUUUGGAAGCUCCAUUCAUACCAUUUGAGCUUAAAUGAGGUUUCACAUGAGUGAUUUGUGUAUGGUCUUGCUAAGAAGUGAAGUGAGUGUGGAGGUAGUUUUUCAAAGUGAGCAUUGUUCCUUAAGACAGUAUGCGUGAUAUGGUUUGGUGAUUGGUUGUAGUUUGGAAUAGUGGGAAGUGUUGUUUUUGGCCGAUGCUAGUGGCCGUUGUUUGUAGGGAAGGUCCUAGUCGAAACUGAUGUGGAACCUCAUGUUUUGUUUGCCACCACCCAAAAAUCCUUUUCCCCAUGUCCUAGACCCUACCCAGUAAUUUGAACCUAUGUCUAAGACCUCCGUACAAACUAGCAACGACACCUAUAUUGUGAACUCUAACAUUUAGAGGUUACCUUCAUGAUAAAGGGACGUUAGGAUUGAGCAUCAAUAUGCACAUAUUUUGCAUCAAAUGGUCCUGACCCCACUGGUCGAGAGUGAGUGAUUCUUCAUCAUGUUUUGUUCAUUUCUUUUACCCCGGGGAGGACUUAGGUUGCUCGAUCGUUCGUUCCUAUGAUGUGAUCUUCACUCAUGAGUAACUAUGAUUGGUGAGUCAUCCAGGGAUGUUGUGUGUGGGUUCGUGAAUAAUGUGAGAACUCUUCUUUUGCACAAUCUUAAUACAGUUGAAUGUCAUUU